AUGCACGCCGCCGGCCUCUUCGCUGCCCUGAUCAUGGGCGCGUCGUCCGCCACUGCCUUUGCCUUGGGCCCGAGGAGUCCCGCUGCAGUCACUACCGUGAGGCUCUGGAACGGUGAGAACAGGCAAAAUGGCAACGACGACAACGGUGUCCCCCUGCAGCCUCAGUUCUACGAUGUCACUCUCAGCGAUGGAAACGGCGCCUGCUCCGCCGUCGCCCUCGUCUACGUCUUCGUCGUCGUCUUCGUCAACCCUUCCUCCAUCGACCACCUCCACGGGCACUUCUUCUUCAACGACUGGCUCCUCCACUGGUACUUCUUCCUCAACUACUGGCUCCUCCACUGGUACUUCUUCCUCAACAACUGGCUCCUCUACUUCUGGAACGUCCACGGGGACUUCCACCGAAACUGGCACUUCCACCAGCACGGGCACCUCGACCGGUACUGUAACCACCACCGGCACGUCCACGUCAACAGGCACCUCGACGUCCACUGCAACCUCGACGUCUACCGGAACCUCGACGUCCACCGACAUUUCGACGUCCACCGGGACUUCCACGUCCACCGGAACCUCCACAUCUACGGGAACUUCCACGUCUACCACGUCGAGAACAUCCACGAGUACCGGUACCUCAACCUCGACGGGAACUUCUUCUACUACCGGUACCUCGACCUCGACGGGAACUUCCACUACUACCGGCACCUCAACUUCUACCGGGACCGCCACUUCGACCGGAACCACGACUUUGACCAGCACCUCAACCUCCACCAAUACAAGUACCACUCCCUCUACUUCCCCUUCUACGACUUUGACGACGAUAACGACGAUGACGACAUCAUCAAGCUCGACGAGGAUCAGCGAUCCAGUAUCCACGUCGACUUGCAUCGCGGGCAACGGAACUGGGUAAAGAACCAUCAGGCCUAA